AUGCGUCGACCCGAUCGAACGUUCGAUCCGUAUGCUGAAAGUCCAGUCGAUGGUGUCAUAGCAGCAUUCUGUAGUGUCCGAGUGAUAUCAGGUCAAUUCUUAUCAGAUAAAAAGAUUGGUACAUAUGUGGAAGUCGAUAUGUAUGGUUUGCCAGCAGAUACCAUACGUAAAGAAUAUCGAACGAAAACAAUUCCAGCCAAUGGACUUAAUCCAAGAUAUGAUGAAAGUGUUUUUGAAUUCCGAAAAAUUGUUCUUCCGGAUUUAGCUAUUUUACGUAUUGCUGUUUAUGAAGAAACAGGUAAACUCAUUGGUCAACGUGUGUUACCAUUAGAUGGCUUGCAAGCAGGAUACAGACAUAUCUCAUUACGUACUGAAGGCAACUUUCCUCUCUCCUUACCAACAAUUUUUUGCCAAAUUAUUCUGAAAUCUUACGUUCCCGAUGGUUUAAGUGACUUUGUUAAUCAAUUAAAUCAGCCAUUGCUAAUGAAAAAAACUGAAGAUUUAUUGAAUGCCUCGGUUACAACUUCAUCCGAUGCUGGACCGAACUCCAGUAGUUCAUCUGUUCGGCGAGCACGUGCAAUUGAAUCAACAUCAACACCUUCCCUCGAUUCUAAGGCGACUACGACAUCGGUUGGUGCUGCUAGUAGUUUGUCAACCAAUACUGUUUCAACGACUGAUACCACGAGUCUUGCUUCAUCAACUAUCAAACCGAAAACACCGGUUGAAACAAUGACUUUAAUUUCAUUAGAUUAUCUACGUGAACAGAAAAGUUUUUGCAAAUUGAAACAUAAGCAAGACAAAGAUUUGGCUUUAAUGAAAAAGAAACAUGCCAAAGAGCAAACAGCACUUGGCGAACAACAAUCAAAAAUUAUGAGUAAAGCUAGAACCGAUUGCGAAAAACUAGCGCGAUCACCUAUGCUCGGUGGCGGAGGAGCACGAAAAGAUCUAAGCUUUUUCUCGCGUCGCUUAUUUAAACCAUUCAUGCCAAGCAAUGGUAGUAAUUUAACUGCAGUUAAAGGUGAUCCAAAGUUAAUGGAUUUAAUCAACGAGCAAAAUGUUGAAUGGACAACACUUGUUCAACGACAACUUAUCGAAAUGAAUGCACUUCGGCGACAACAUGCAAGAGAACAAUGCGAUUUGCUACGUCUUUUACUCGAUGAGACUCAGAAAAAUCAAAUCAAAGAGAUUACUGAAAGACAUCUCAAAGAAAAGAAAGAUCUGGAAUUAAGCCAAGUGCGACAAAAUAUUGAAGAUAGUAAACGACUUGGUUCCGAGAAGAAUAUUCGCAAUAAGAUGGAACUGGAUCGUCGUGUACGUGAAUUAAAAUCGAAUAAUACGAAGAAAUUCGUUGAAGAACGAAAACGUCAGACAAUGAAACAUGAACGAGAAAAAGAUAAUCUAACGAAAUCACAUGAAACACAAAAGACUACGCUACUCGCCGAGAUCGACAAGAUGCUCGAAUACAGUGUCAAUUAUCAAGAUGAAACACCAAUGGCACGAUUUCCAUCAUCUUCCGUGUAA